AUGAUAAACCUUUUUGUGUCAGAAACGAACAACUCAAGACUCCAAUUUACUCUGCAGAAUCCCCUGCACCUGCAGCCAUACCCAUACUUUCACCGGCCUCGGCCUCUUAUCUAUCUUUAUCAGAGACCACCACCACUUCUUCCGCUCCUACCCCAUGGAUCUGACCCCUAUAAGCUAACCUCUGAAAAGGACUUUCCUCCAAUUCUCUUUGCCAGCCAAACACCAACCAGAAGAAACCGCCGCAGAGACUCACUUCCCACAAGACCUUCCUCUAGCCAGCCCAACACAACCACCAGCGACCCAGUACCUGUCCAAACUCCCAUAUCUACUACUGCUACAGCCAAUCUCAGCAGCAGUACAACCACUGCGGUUCAGGGCUCCUCACCUUCUGUUGACGGACUCGACACAGUGACGCAAAUACCAGACUUGUCGUCGUCACCUUCUGAUGGAAUCGAAACAGUGAUGCAAAUAACAGACUUGUCGUCGUCACCUUCUGAUGGAAUCGAAACAGUGACGCAAAUAUCAGACUUGUCGUCGUCACCCUCUGAUGGAAUCGAAACAGUGACGCAGAAUCCAGCCUUAUCUCCACCGUCUGAUGGACUUGAAGCAGUGACGCCAAAACCAGGCUCUGUUGGAGUAGAAAAAGUGACGCCAAAACCAGACUUGCCUUCAACUUCUGCUGGACUUCAAACUAUGAAGAUAAACGAAGAAUGGUCACCUUCUGAUGAUGGACUCCCAACAUUCACACAGGCUCAACUUGAUUUUAUGAAAUCACAUGACAGGCUCUUCCCAGAUUAUGUUUUCGGGGACUACAAAUUCAAACAGAGAAUGUCAGCUUUCAAACGUCAGGAAAGGUAA